UUUUUUUGUUGCUCCUCUCCUUAAGUUAAGGCACAAACAAAUUACUGAACUAGCUUUUGAUUUGAGCCUGCUGGACGUUGAGCCAGAGUGAAAAAUGGGAUGGCAUUUGUCUCUAAAUUGGAAAAUUACUUUGAUGUGAUGGGCUGCUAAAAGAAAGAACUAUGGGAAGGUGCGCGCUUGGUUAGCAUUACUCCAGGAGGGUACAGAGAUAAAGCAUUACAUUUCUGCUAUGUAGCACAGUUGAUUGAAAGUAUUAUAUCUUAAACCUUGGUGCAAAUUAUAGACGGCAGGAAGCUAAUCAGCGAGCAAACAAAUAGUUUGGAUUAAUUAGAUUGAAAAAUGCUGUGCCAAAUGCAAAAACAUCCUCUUGUAUGCUUUUCGGUUUUCACAAAUGGGCCGAUGAUUGCUCCCUUCCUGACUACUAAAAGGAACACUUAAAAUCUUUUGAUAACUAAAUUCUUCCCAGUGAGGAUGCUGCCUCCAAACAUGGCUUGACAGGAAGCUGCCUUUCCGCAUUCCAAGCCAGAAGACACCGGUGUGUAUGUCUAACUGAGGCCCUACCCAGGAACCGGAGCCGUCUGCAGAACUUGGGUAAAUGUGCCGACUCAUUCAAUUUUAUCCACUCAUGCUGGUUUCUGUAUGUUUGGAACAGUCAUGAAGAGACCAGUUCCUCAGUCCUCCAAAUGGGCAGAGACUCGAUCUACUGUGGUUUACGCACUGCGUUCAGUCACGUUCAACUCAUGGCGGAUGCUGACCCUGGGGGCCGAGUACGAGGAUACUUGGGCCCUGGCGCCUGACAAGAGGGGUCCACCCCGACAACAAGCGAAGGAGCCUCCUGAGGUUGCACAUGCUGCAGCUGUAGAACCACAGGAGCCUUUGUGGAAACACUGUGAGAACAACACAACAAAGUAUGAUACUGUUGUACACUUGGACGAAGUGGGUACCAGUUUGUUUCCCAUUGUCCACAAGCACGAGAUGAAGACAAGCACAUGUUGCAUGGGCAGAAUGGCUCGUUUCACUGAAGAUCUCCCCACCCGCUAUGGAGGGAGCACAGGCGGCGGCGGCGCCGGAGGAGGAGGAGGAGGAGGGAGAGGAGCGCCGGGCGCGGGAAGAGGGGGAGCCCGCGGUGGAGGCGCUCCGGGCGGCCAAAGGAUGUACAAGCAGUCGAUGGCUCAGAGAGCCCGGACAAUGGCCAUUUACAACCCGAACCCCGUUAAGCAAAAUUGCUUGACUGUCAACCGCUCCCUCUUCAUCUUCCGGGAGGACAACGUGAUCAGGAAAUAUGCCAAACGUAUAACAGAGUGGCCUCCAUUUGAAUACAUGAUCUUGGCUACAAUCAUCGCCAACUGCAUCGUCUUGGCCCUGGAGCAACAUCUACCUGCCAGCGACAAAACACCCAUGUCGGAGCGCCUGGACGACACAGAGCCCUACUUUAUUGGAAUAUUCUGUUUCGAGGCAGCCAUUAAGAUCAUCGCCCUGGGCUUUGCAUUCCAUAAAGGCUCCUACCUCCGUAACGGAUGGAAUGUAAUGGACUUUGUGGUCGUUCUCACUGGGAUCCUGGCAAAAGUGGGCUCUGACUUUGACCUUCGAACACUGCGGGCUGUGAGAGUGCUGCGACCCCUCAAACUAGUGUCCGGGAUCCCCAGCCUCCAAGUGGUGUUGAAGUCGAUAAUGAAAGCCAUGGUGCCAUUGCUUCAGAUCGGCCUGCUGCUUUUCUUUGCUAUUGUCAUGUUUGCCAUCAUCGGGGUGGAGUUUUACAUGGGCAAAUUCCACACUACCUGCUUCAACAUCGACACAGGUGAAAAAGCAGCAGAAUGGCCUUGUGGUCUCGAGCCUCCAGCAAGGUUGUGUCCCAAUGGGACCCAGUGCAGAGAAUACUGGACCGGACCCAAUUUUGGCAUUACCAACUUUGACAACAUCCUGUUUGCCGUGCUUACGGUGUUCCAGUGCAUCACAAUGGAGGGCUGGGUCGACGUCCUCUACAGUACCAACGAUGUGGCAGGAAACACAUGGAAUUGGCUCUACUUCAUCCCUCUCAUCAUCAUUGGCUCUUUCUUCAUGCUCAACUUGGUGCUUGGUGUGCUAUCAGGAGAGUUUGCCAAAGAGAGAGAGCGGGUGGAGAAAAGACAGGAAUUCCUCAAGCUUCGAAGGCAGCAACAAAUUGAGAGAGAGCUUACGGGAUACCUAGAAUGGAUCUGCAAAGCCGAGGAGGUGUUGCUAGAGGAAGAGGAGGAGAUUGCAGAGGAGAAGUCACCUCUGGAUGGUGCGUGGUACAAGAGGAAACAAAAUCUGCCAGUCCUGAAACGAAGCAAAAUUAAGAAGGGUAAAAAUGACCUGAUCGGUGCUGAAGAAGGGGAAGAUCCAUUUGCUGACAUCUCCUCUGUUGCUCCCCCUGGUUCUCCCUUUGGUCGGGCCAGUGUGAAAAGCAGCACGAAGAUGGACAGCUCGUCUUAUUUUCGUCGUAAGGAGAAGCGGACUCGUUUCUUUAUCCGGCGAAUGGUAAAAGCACAGAGCUUCUACUGGAUCGUUCUGUGUCUGGUUGGCCUGAACACUCUGUGCGUGGCCAUAGUCCACUACGAUCAACCCGCGUGGCUUACAACAGCCCUGUACACAGCAGAGUUUGUUUUCUUGGGUUUGUUUCUCACCGAGAUGACCUUGAAGAUGUAUGGCCUUGGACCACGGAAUUAUUUCCACUCCUCCUUUAACUGCUUUGAUUUUGGGGUGAUUGUGGGAAGUAUUUUUGAGGUGAUCUGGGACAUGAUCAAGCCCGGAGCAUCAUUUGGAAUCAGUGUGUUGAGAGCACUGAGACUGCUAAGAAUCUUCAAAGUCACUAAGUAUUGGAACUCCCUGAGGAACCUUGUGGUCUCUCUUCUUAAUUCCAUGAAGUCAAUUAUCAGUUUGCUUUUCCUCCUCUUUCUAUUCAUCGUUGUCUUCGCUCUGCUGGGCAUGCAGCUCUUUGGAGGACAAUUCAACUUUGAGGAUGAAACACCUACAACAAACUUUGAUACCUUUCCAGCGGCCAUCCUCACUGUGUUUCAGAUUUUAACUGGGGAAGACUGGAAUGCGGUGAUGUACCAUGGCAUAGAGUCACAAGGAGGUGUUCGCCGUGGAAUGUUUUCUUCUGUCUACUUCAUUGUCCUUACACUUUUUGGAAACUACACCCUACUGAAUGUCUUCUUGGCUAUCGCUGUUGAUAAUCUUGCAAAUGCACAGGAGCUAACAAAGGAUGAAGAAGAACAGGAGGAGGCAGCCAAUAAGAAGCUUGCUCUGCAGAAGGCUUUGGAGGUGAAGGAAGUCAGUCCCAUGUCAGCAGCCAACAUCUCAAUCGCUGCUUUUGUAAAGCAAAAUCGAGAUGCAAUCUCUCGCAGGUCGUCCAUCAACAGCAUUCAGUCACUUAAGGAACAGCAACGAACAGCCAAAACCAUGUCAGUGUGGGAGCAGAGAACCAACCAACUGAGGAGACACAACAUAAGAACUAGCAACGAGGCUUUGUUUAAUGAACUCGACCCAGAGGAACGCCUACGACUGUCCUCUGUUCUCCAUCUCCAUCCUGACAUGAUGACUCACCUGGAUAGACCCCUUGUGGUAGAGUCCAGGAACAGCGACCUUACUAACAGGCCACCUGAAGAGGGAGAGCAAGACAGCACAGGAGACAACUUCCAUUCGCACACCAGGAAGCACCAUCGCCAACGGGACAGGAACGGCGAGGGCAGGGAUGGAUGUGAUGGUCGUGCGACGAGGCAUCACAUUCAUCACAGCCGGAGCAAAGAUCACAAUAGCAAUGGCGCUCAGACUAAGGAGAGGAGAGGGGAGAGUAGCCACAGUCGGGAUGAGGGGCAGCGACGCAGGCGGCAUCAUCACACGGGCUCCCCGGAAGAGGAGAUCUCUGAUGCACGAGGAGGAGGGCAAGAGAGAGGGCAUCGCCACCACCACUCACACCGUACAGCGAAAGAGGGAAAUGGGACAUUAGCGAACGGUGCCCAUGGAGAGCGCAGAGGCCGGGGAAGGGGAGGGGAAGGUAACGGAGAGAAAAAAGGACGUUGCUCUCGAAUGGUCAGAGCGCAGUCGACUCUGGAUGGAGACGAAAGCAAAAAGUGCAAGAAAAGUCAUAGGGAGAUGCUGUCUGAUGGUGAGGAGGAGGUUCUUGCCACUAGUCCUCUCAGUCUUGGAGACAAGCAAGAAGACGCUGAUAACCAAAAGAACUCCACAAGAGCCAGCCAGGCCGGCCUUAACAGCAACACAAUUCACAUCCCUGUCACCAUAACUGCUCCGCCUGGAGAGACAACCAUUAUUCCCAUGAACAAUAUUGAGUGCGGCAACUUUGGAGUCAGCGAGGAGAAGAAAGCUCUGGAAGAAGACGAUGCUGUCAAUAGGCCCCGGCAAAUCCUCCCCUAUAGUUCCAUGUUCAUUUUUGGACAAACAAACCCGGUACGGCGGCUGUGUCACUACGUGGUCAACCUGCGCUACUUUGAAAUGUGCAUCCUGAUGGUCAUUACCAUGAGCAGCAUCGCCUUGGCAGCUGAGGAUCCUGUGCAAUCCAAUGCACCGCGUAACAAUGUGCUCAAGUAUCUGGAUUAUGUAUUCACUGGAGUGUUUACAUUUGAGAUGGUGAUUAAGAUGAUUGACUUGGGACUGCUCCUCCACCCUGGGUCCUAUUUUCGUGAUUUAUGGAACAUUCUCGACUUCAUUGUGGUCAGUGGCGCUCUUGUGGCAUUCGCCUGCUCGAGCCUAAUGGGAGGGACAAAAGGCAAGGACAUCAACACCAUUAAAUCCCUGAGGGUCCUGCGAGUCUUGCGGCCACUCAAAACCAUUAAACGUCUGCCCAAACUAAAGGCUGUGUUCGACUGUGUUGUGAAUUCUCUGAAGAAUGUUCUCAACAUCCUCAUCGUAUACAUCCUCUUCAUGUUCAUCUUUGCUGUUAUCGCUGUGCAGCUUUUUAAAGGCAAAUUUUUCUACUGCACUGAUGAGUCCAAGGGUCUAGAGAAAGACUGCAGGGGUCAGUUUCUGGACUAUGACAAAGUGGAACGCGGACGUGAUGUGGAAGCUCAGCCCAGAGAGUGGAAGAAAUACGAGUUCCACUACGAUAACGUCCUCUGGGCUUUCUUAACGCUAUUCACCGUCUCCACGGGAGAAGGCUGGCCCCUAGUGCUGAAGCAUUCAGUGGAUGCCACCUAUGAGGACCAGGGUCCCAGCCCAGGUUUUCGCAUGGAGACAUCUAUAUUCUAUGUGGUGUACUUUGUAGUGUUCCCGUUCUUCUUUGUCAACAUAUUUGUGGCUUUGAUUAUCAUCACUUUUCAAGAGCAGGGAGACAAAGCCAUGUCUGAGUGUAGCCUGGAAAAGAAUGAGAGGGCUUGCAUUGACUUUGCCAUAAAUGCCAAGCCGUUGACAAGAUACAUGCCGGAGAACAAGCAAUCCUUCCAGUAUAAGAUGUGGAAAUUUGUGGUGUCACCUCCAUUUGAAUAUGCUAUCAUGACUUUAAUUGCCCUCAACACUGUCGUGCUGAUGAUGAAGUUUUAUGGAGCACCCGACCUAUAUGAGUCCAUGCUGAAAUACUUGAACAUCGUCUUCACUGCCCUCUUCACUCUUGAGUGCAUCCUUAAGAUUAUUGCCUUUGGUCCACUGAAUUACUUGAAAGCAGCCUGGAAUGUGUUUGACUUUGUAACGGUGCUGGGAAGCAUCACAGACAUCCUGGUGACAGAGAUUAAGACGGACAAGAUGAUUAACCUGAGCUUCCUGAGGCUGUUCAGAGCAGCCCGGCUCAUCAAACUGCUACGGCAGGGCUACACCAUUCGCAUUUUGUUGUGGACGUUCGUGCAGUCCUUCAAGGCCCUGCCUUAUGUUUGCCUGCUCAUUGCAAUGCUCUUCUUCAUCUAUGCCAUCAUUGGAAUGCAGGUGUUUGGUAACAUUGAGCUGAACGAGGAGACUGCAAUAAAUCACCACAACAACUUCCAGACAUUUUUCCAGGCGUUAACUCUUCUGUUCAGGAGUGCCACUGGUGAAGCGUGGCAUGAAAUUAUGCUUUCAUGUCUCAGUAAUCGGUCAUGUGACAAACUCUCAGGAACUACAGGGAAAGAGUGCGGAAGUGACUUUGCCUAUUUCUACUUUGUCUCCUUCAUUUUCCUCUGCUCCUUCUUGAUGCUAAACCUAUUUGUUGCUGUCAUCAUGGACAACUUUGAGUAUCUGACCAGGGAUGCUUCCAUCUUGGGUCCUCAUCACCUUGAUGAGUUCAUCCGUGUAUGGGCAGAGUAUGACCCAGCUGCAUGUGGCCGUAUGAGUUAUCGUGAUAUGUACGAGAUGCUACGAGACAUGUCCCCUCCUCUAGGUUUGGGAAAGAAAUGCCCACCCCGCAUCGCCUAUAAGCGUUUGGUGAGGAUGAACAUGCCUAUUGCAGAGGACAACACAGUUCAUUUCACCUCCACACUCAUGGCUCUUAUUCGCACAGCCCUCGAGAUCAAGCUGGCAUCUGGAGUCUUAGCACAGCAUCUAUGUGAUAUUGACCUGAAAAGAGAAUUAAACAGAGUUUGGCCGAGCUUGUCACAGAAGACUGUUGACCUGCUGGUGACGCCACACAAAUACAAUGAGCUGACUGUGGGGAAAGUGUAUGCAGCUCUCAUGAUCUUUGAUUACUAUAAGCAGAAUCGAGCCAAGAGACUUCAGCAGCAGCAUCCAUCAGGAGGAGUUCAGAGUAAACUGGGAGCGUUGUUUCGUCCAAUACUUCCCCUUGGUCAUUUCAAAGAAGUAGAGCCCCCGAUACCCAGUCCCAAACAGCUAUUACCUCUACACCCUGAAUCAGAAGCAAAGACAUCACCCCUUCCACCUGUCAGAACCACUACCACCACCUUGGUUAACAAGGACACAAUGCUUGACCAGAAGAGUUCCAUAAAACAUUCCCAGUCUGGAGAUGUUUCUUUGACAGCACUGAAACCCAAAGGCCGGAGGAAACUACCAAGAGGCCAGUCGGAAGAUGUACAGUGUUCUGCAAGGCCUCAGGAAGUGGUUGAAAUGAAGCCAGUUGAGAACUUCUCAGACACCGAGGCAUACCCAAGCCUGGAUGGUCAUGGCCGAGCAGCUUCUCUGCCUCGGCUCAAUGCAGAGUAUUACCGGAGCCACCCUCGCCACGCCCCUGGGACCCACCUGGCACCAAUUGUUGACCUCAGUCCCAUAAGACGCUCAGCUUCCUCGCUGACCCCACAGCACAACCAUGAAGUGAUUCUUAAGGAUUAUAACCUGAUACGACCAGGCCAACAUCAAUCAUCAGCAGGAUCUGGAGCAGUCCAAGGCCAGGACCGAGUCCAUCAUCAUCAUCACCACCACCGCUGCCACAGACGUAGGGACAAGGACAAAGAGAAAAAGCAGAAAUCCCUAGAUAGAGCUACAUCGGUGCAGCCACCAAGUACUGUUGACCCCUCGGCCGAAGGUAUGUCUAGAGAACGAGCAAGGGAGCGUGACCGCAGUCGCCCGCACGAGAGAAGGCAUCAUUCCUCUGCAGGCGAGAAACAACGCUACUACUCCUGCGAGCGUUAUGGCUCCAGAGAGACAAGCCACGCUAAGUCAGCCGGUCCAAGCCGAUCCACAUCUCCAGGAGAGGGACAAGACACCACCAUCCUUAAACAAUAUGGUAGCACUGUGGGUAAAGCCGCCCCAUCUGGUUCAAGCACAUCGGGUCGUGGUCGCAGGCAGCUCCCCCAAACACCCCUCACUCCUCGUCCUGCCGUGGCCUAUAAGACUGCAAACUCCUCCCCCCUCUCUUCUGCUGCCAGCACCACUAUGGCUGGACACCACACUCGUGUCAGCCGUGGCCUUUCAGAACACGAGCGCCUGCACGGGGACACUGACCGCUCCCCGAUACCGGUGACCUGCAUUGGUUCUGAUCCAAAUUUAGCCCAUCAGCUGCAGGGAGCUUCUCAACAAGCGCUUUUGGAAGACAUGGAGGACUUCCAGGACGCUGUGAGCAGCCAAGUAUUAUCGCACUCUGCCAGAGCUGGCGCCUCAGCAACCACCUCAUCUUCCCAUGAUGCUGCCGCUGUGCCCGUCACAGCGGCGGCCACACAAGAGCGUGCAGAUGUGGUACCUAACGGGUACCACUUCACCUUUGGGGUAAAUUCUGCAUCAAACAGCAGAGGAACAGGAAGCCUCAGGGAGCGAGAGGAUGAGGACUGGUGCUAACAUGCUUAGAUACUAGAGAGGGUUUUCCUAUCCACUGAUGAAGGAGCAGCUUGUCUGUGUUGCUCUUGUCAGGUCGCGUGAGCUGGUCAGAGGCUAGCAGGCUUGGAUUGAGGUAAAGUGAAAACUAGCCAGUUGAAAGUGCUGUUAAAGGGGUCCAUUGAAGCGUCUCCUUCCAACACAGAGAAGUGUGGAAGGAUAGAAAAUGAUGACUUUUUCUAACCUUUUUUUAACCCUUCCUACAAAAUGAUUCUGAAGACCCUUCAAUAUUUUGCCUUGGCCAGUGGUGUUGAAGUUUAAAAGCCCAAAUUUGGAAAAGCUAUGUUUUACAAUCCAAAUGCCUCGUUCUCGGUCUCCCUGGAUGCUUUAUUUUGUCUUGACAAAUAAGGCGGAGGUUUAGAUGGAACUUGCUAGCACCAAACAUCUGAUGGAAUAGAGUCAUUAUCGACCAAGAUGAUCUUAUGUCGGUCUUGGAACUUUUCUGAUUAUUAAUGCAAAGAUCAGCAAGUGUCACUUUGAGGCAAAAAAACAACAACAACAAAGGAGCCACUUUCAUGGCCAAGCUUUAUUCAAAUUGGGGGUGCACGCAGGGACUUGGACAACAAUUUUACAACAUGUGGCCGAAUACUAAGUGCCUCAUUUUACAAGAUGUGAGCAGUAGUCUGGCUUCUUGAGUGGAUGAUCUGUGUUGAACACACAGUCAAGCAUGUGCACAGGUGAGGAAUACUGGACAACUUAAAGCUGUUUGGAUCUGUUGUAAUGGUCUAGAUAAAAACAAAAACAAAACAAAAAAAUCCCCAAAAACAUUUUUAUAUACUGAGUCCUGUAGUUGGUGAACCCACACUGAAGAUCCAAAGUCAGCGAUGUAGUGCAUGCCGAGGUCUUGAACAUGUCGAUUUGUGUCUGUACUUUAUUUAAGGGUGUGUGCUAAGCAUUUGCCUUCUUCAAACACACUGCCAGUCCAUUGGUAAGAAACAGUCUCCAAAAGGACAAAAAGUGCCAUUUUUUAAACUGUAACUCAAGUCAGAAACAAAUGUCCUCCAGUAGAGCUGAUUCUAUUAAAAAAAAAA